GAACAGAAUAGCGGUGUGCAAGAAACUGAUACUAGAAGGGUGCAUAUUCAGGAAGAGGUUUGGGAAGAUUUGAAUACCCAAUUUGUAAAUGAGUUGAUAACAAGCGUGGAUAUAGUUGAAAAACUUGUAUUAGGUGACAAAGUUGCAGAGGAGCAUACGCAAAAAGGAGAGAAAACUGCAGACGAGCAUUUACAACGAGUAGGAGAAGGGAACGGGAGUACAAGCAUUGAUUCCGAAGUGAUCAAAGAAAAAAGUGUGGAGAUGACAUGUGCACCAAUUGGAAGACCUAAGCGAAAUGCAAGAUCACCUGACAGAUUUACACCUGCAGGGAAUAUUGAGGUCGCAAAGAGGAGACGGAAGGAAAGAGCAAAAAGAAGUGAAGAGGACCAAUUUUUACCGGCGAAAAA